ACAGCAUCAAGCAGCAACGAGACAGGAAAACACCUUCCAUCUGUCUGCAGCUUCCACAGCUCUUAGCACAAAGUCUGCAGCCAAACACCAAAUCGAGCGCACCCAGUCCAGCUGAGGGGAGCUGGACGUCUGGACCAGGACCACAGGGAUCCAGCUUGUGGUCCCAGACCCAGGAGGAGCACAGUGCAGGAGGAUCCUCUCUCGGUUGGUGAGAGAGGGAGGCAGAAGAGACCAAUUCGGAACCAGACUCGGGAGCCAGGACCCAGACACAACGGCCGACACAAAUUAAGGUAAGCAGACCUUUUUAUACAAAAAUCUGCUCAUUGAAUAUAUUCAAACUAAUUUGUGUCGAGGUUCCUGGCAACUGAGGUCAGUAAAAUUAAUACAAUUGUAAAGAGUUGGAGACAAAAACUGAAAACUCUAAACACAGGUCUGGUAUCUGAAAGAAGUUUUAUAGAAUAGAAAGACAGAAUUUCUGGGAUUGUCAUGAACUACAGCUGACGAGCAUAAGUUCCUCUGACAAAAUUAAAAGCCCGGAAAAGGUCGGGGACCUUGGGGGAAAGCCUCCUAAACAAAACUUUGUACAAGAUUAGGGAUCUUAGGAUAAAACAAGACUAUAUAAAAAGGUCGGGGACCUUGGGGAAAAGUCCCCUAAACGUUGAAAAAGAUCAGGGAUCUUAGAAAGUGUUGCUACAGGCCAGGGACCUGUAUGUUUGUGUUUUUCUAUUUUUGUUCAUAUAAAUACACAAAGUGUGAGUGCUGUAUUUCAGGGGAAGGACCCUGUCCUCACUGAAAUAUCAGAUUAUAUAAUAAGAAGGGACUUCACACCCCCUUUCUUUUUACAUUGAAAUCAGCUCACAACCAGCGGAGCCAAAUUAAGGUUAAAGUGAAAACACAUAGACUAUUUACACUCACAUACUAAAUAAUAUUUAUAAGCGGACGCGCAGCAUUAUGAGCCGCAACUAGAAGGGUAAUGCAUGAAUGAACUGUUGAAUGAAUUGUUAAACUGCUGAUAUUAAGUGUAAAAUACCGAGUGAGAAUUAAUAUAGUACGCCCUUGUGGAUGCACAGGCAAGAACUUCCCGCCUGAAAAGGUAGAAGCUUGGAAGUUACCACAACGGUUUUUUAGUACUAUCUCACGAUAAAAAAUCAGUGAUUAGAGUUCCAUAGGAACUAAGACCUCGCUGAUCUAAAUCGCCACCAAAAACAAUAAAGAUUAACUCCUACCAUUAAAAGAAAAAUGGACGGAGAGUCUCAUAAAGAGCGAAUAGAUGAUGGAUGGGGUCCAAACGAGAUCCUGAACACGCUGGGAGAACAACUAGCGUGUUUAGAAACAGUGAUUGACACCACAAAUGCCCCAGCUGCAGCAACAGAGCAGAAGAAGCUAUUAAGAAAGACAGCGGAGAAAUUGAUGAAGGAAAAAGGAAAGGAUGUGAAUAGUGCAGGAAAUUGGGGAAUAAUUUGGGGACAGAAGGUAACAGAAACAGGAAAGAAAGAGGAAGAAGCACGUAAACUGAUGGAAAAUGCUGGAAUGUUUGGAAAGAAAAAACACCAGAAAGAAGUAGAAAAACUGAUAGCGCGCAAGGCUAAGUACAAUCAGUGGGCCCUGCUGUGGAAAUUGGCAAAGCCUAAAAUGAAGAAAAGAAAAAUAGAACAAAACGCAACUGAUCAACAACCACCCCCUUACUCAGGCAUAUACCCGGUACUUAGCAUAACCGGAGGAACGAUGUCCAUAGAGGAGGAACAACCUACUGCUCCUCUACUCCCAGUGUCGCCUGCCGGUCCCGCCGCAGCCCAGCAGGACAGAAAAGAUUUUUUCAUGAGUAAUCAACGCGCUAGUUCUUCCCUGUCACAAGUAACUCAGAUUAAUAACGACAACUCCUCCACCCCAAAGUCAACUUGUCCCUCCGGGAUGAACGGCGAUGCCCUACCCUUCGCCGGCCGAAUAUUCAGGCAGCAGGUAGAAGAGUUGGAGAAUACCAUGCGAGAGGCUAGGGAGAGCCCUAUACCCAGACCACUAAAAACAACACAAUGGACAGGUAGUUUUGUUCCUAUUAACCCACCAUUACCAGACUCCUUAGCUGCAGCUUCUCCACUUAGCCCAUCCAACCCUUUCACUGUUAAAGGUGAACUGAGAGCUGUCGCUCAAACUGAGCAGACCACACCACAGAACCUGGUCGUUACCAUGAACCUGAUGGGUCACGAUGAACCAGAAGAACAGACAUGCUCCACUGCGGACACUCGCUUAGAUAAAGAAUGGUCCAGACAAGAUGACGAGGACUCGAUAAAUGAAAUAGAAGCCGAGUUAGUUGACCCAAGCCUUAAACCCGACACACCACACCGCAGAGAUCGGGUAACUCCGAUCCCAGACAGACACUCUUACCACACCAGAUCAAAAGGGGCUGUGUUUAAUCCACAUGGACAAUAUCCUCUCGUCCAGGCCAAAACAAGUGGCCCAAAGGUAUAUCAGCCAUACACAUUUGGAGACAUCCAAGCCCUGGUUGAUAAGCUUCCAGACAUUGCAGAAGGAGGAAAUGCCUGGUUAGCAGACUUAGAUAAAUAUACCUCAGGACAGGACCUCGCUCUGGGAGAUUUCAGGGCCAUCAUCACCAGAUGCACAUCCAGGUCCCAGGCUGCAGAUCUGGAACAAAAUGCAGGUACCGCCCUACAUGGGAAUGAGGUACCAUUGGUGCAGGUGUUAAGGACUUUAGGACCAGCCCUACGCAAACAAUUUCCACCUAAAAAUCAGGGAACCCUCCAUAAGUUCAAAUGGGAUGGGAAAAUCAACCCCACCAACUAUUUGAACAAAGCCAUAGAUGACUGGGUGAACCAUACAGGCCAUCACCCCAGCAGAGAAAGUUCCCAAAGUCUGUGGUUUAGAAAAGCUGUCCUUAGGGGAGUCCCAGAAAUCGUUAACAAUAAGAUGGAAGACAACCCUGAAUUGGCUGACUGCGAUUUCAAUAAAUGGAAAAAUCAUCUGAUUUUUAACCUUAAUAAAAUCCAGGUUACAGAGGAAAAGGAAUCAGAUAAUCUAGAGGAACUGCAGAAACAGCUCCUUAGAGUGCAACUGCAAGCCGCAAAAAAGACCUUGGGAGAAAAGGGGGACAAGACCAAGAAACAAAUGGUUGCCACCGCUGCUCCUCCCCCAGCUGUACCAAAUCCCAAUCAAUUCCCAUACCCCUGGCAGCAGCCGCCACAGUUGCCAGGAUAUAAUCCACCACCAACUCCAUUCAUGGCUCAAAAACCCCCAUACGAAGGUCAUAGGGGAGGUUUCGGAGGGCGGGGACAGGGGUGA